CUGUGAAGUAAACAGUGCAUAAUUCAAAUACCUGUCCACAUUAUGUUCAAGAGCAAUGUUUCCGGAAGGGCAUUUGCCUUAAUACUGCUUUUCUUCAACGGUGUCUCUAUUUUGUUCGGGGUAGCCCUAAUAUCACUGGGAGUUGUCUGUAUUAUUGACCAUGGAAAUAUGUCAGAGGUUGUCGGUUCGUCUCUUUACACAUCUGGUGUAUACAUGCUGAUAUUUUUGGGACUUAUCAUUUUGAUGAUAGCCCUCUGUGGAUAUAUUGCAGCUGACAAGGAAAAUACGUGCCUGAUAGUUUCUUAUAUUUUUGUUUUAUGUUUACUGGCGCUGCUUUUGCUGAUUGCAGGAACAAUAGUUUUAUCUUUCCAAUCCUCACUUGGCGAAUCUGCUAGAAAAGUAAUGAUGGAUACAUUAAAGAAUCACUAUGGGCGGCAUGGAAUAAUAACAGAUGCAUGGGAUUUAGUUCAAAGCAAGCUUCGGUGCUGCGGAGUUGACAACAAUGGAUGGAACGUUUAUAACGGCUCUUGGUGGGAUCUGAUAGUCAACCUGGACCUAUACGAAACGAAUACUAAAUUACCAGAAUCAAGUCUAUUUUAUCUGUUCGUACCAGAUUCUUGUUGUGCAAAAAAACUUGACGGGUUGACUGGUUGGCCAACAGGUGUUUAUCGUGACAAGAAACGUUGUCAGACAUGGCAAUACGGACCGCCAAACAGAAGUCAUGGACCUCACAAUGAUGCUAUCUACUAUGCUGGGUGUUUUGAUAAUUUGAAAAGUUACAUAAACAACUACGCCAGAGCUAUGGGUGCUUUGGCACUUUGUGUUUUCAUUGUAUUGAUAUGCGCCUUGAUAUGUGCAAUAUUUCUGUUUCGUGAGGCGAGAUUCAAGGCUAUGCGGAAGGAAAGGAUGUUAAGCCGAAAGAAUCCAACGUUAUAGAUCUUAUGGACUAUUAAAAUACGUCAUAUACGGUUUGAGCCUGCAACUAUACAUCAGGUUUGAAUAUUUAUUUCAAUAAUAAUCCCGUCCAAUCUUAUAAAAUCUGGACUAAAUAUUUCAAAUAUAUUUUUAGCUAAAUA